CAAGAAAUUUACUCUUUCACAGUGAAAACCAAUUCCUGUUUUCCCACGAGUUGGUGUUCCUACGGAGUGGAUCGCCGCAGAUGUCUCAGACCGCUCAAUGAAUCUGAAUCGGCAAAAGUUCCGAUCGCCGCCGCUCCCCAUCUCUCCGACGGUAGCUAGCAAUGUUUCUGUCAAGACGUCAAUGAAUCCGAGCCUCAAAAUGCCCAAGAGAUCGAUCCUCAGACCAACCCUAACCCUAGCCAUUCUCAUAUCCCUCUUUUCCCUUUACACCUUCCUCAAUUCCUUCGUCUUCUCUAAACCCCUGGCGGUCAACAAUGGCGUUGUCAAUUUUGGUUCAGCAAGCAAUGGAGAGUAUUUCGGGGCGGAACCUCAGGUGCCAGUGAAGGUUUAUAUGUACGAUCUACCUAGGGAUUUCACCUACGGUGUGAUUGAGAGCUACAAUUUGGCCCGUGGAGGGGAGAAGGUAAAGGAAGACGCAUUGCUCAAGUACCCUGGUACCCAGCAUUCAGCUGAAUGGCACCUCUUCACCAGCUUACUUGUCCAGGAUCAUGGCCGGAUGGGGUGGUCUAUUGUUCCAGUGUCAGACCCCGAUCAGGCCGAUCUCUUCUUUGUGCCAUUUUUUUCAUCCUUGAGCCUUGUUGUAAAUCCUGUGAAUCGGCCUCGCUCAGGGGAGGGGCCUGUGUAUAGUGAUGAGAAGAUGCAGGAUGCUUUGAUUGAGUACCUGGAACAACAAGAACAUUGGAAUAGGAAAAAUGGGUGGGAUCAUGUAUUCAUUUGUCAGGAUCCUAAUGCCUUGUACAAAGUCGUGGAUAAGGUGAAGAACGGGGUGCUGUUGGUAUCAGAUUUUGGUAGGUUGGCUCAUGAUCAGGCCUCCCUAAUUAAGGAUGUGAUAUUGCCUUACUCACAUCGCAUUAAUACAUAUCAGGGAGAUGUUGGGAUACAAAACCGCAAGACUUUGCUCUUCUUUAUGGGAAAUCGGUAUCGGAAAGAGGGAGGGAAAAUCCGUGAUUUGCUCUUCCAAGUUCUUGAGAGUGAAAAUGAUGUCAUUAUAAAGCAUGGUACACAGUCUAGGGAGAGCCGCCGUGCGGCAUCCCAAGGAAUGCAUACUUCAAAAUUCUGUUUACAUCCGGCUGGUGACACUCCGUCAGCUUGCCGUUUGUUUGAUGCUAUUGUGAGCUUGUGCAUCCCUGUUAUUGUUAGCGACUUUAUUGAGUUGCCUUUUGAGGAUGCCAUAGACUAUAGAAAGAUCGCAAUCUUUAUCGAUUCAGACACCGCUAUAAAGCAAGGCGCUUUGGUUAAAAUCCUUAGGGAAUUGAGCAUGGAGAACAUUUUGGAAUUUCAACGCGAGUUAAAAAAGGUCAAACAUUAUUUUGAAUACGAGGACCCAAAUGGAACAGUAAAAGAAAUAUGGCGACAAGUUUCUUCAAAGUUACCACACAUUAAGCUAAUGAUCAAUCGCGAUAAGCGACUGGUGAAGAGGGACUUGAAUGGCCUGCUGGAUUGCUCUUGUAUCUGCUCUAACCAGUCAAUAAUUCCUACAACAUUAUGACACUCUGCUUGGCUACAUUUAUUCAUCUGUUCAUGGCUGAUAUACGUCGACUCCAAAUACACAGACAUUGCCUUAUUUCCGAAAGGUAUAAAAGUUAAGAGCAACGUUAUGAUGUAUAUUUACGGUAUGUUCAUUAUGUUAACCACAAUAAUUUUAGUGUAAUGUAAUUGGAAUGGGUUUGUGUAUACCUCUGUAAGAUGUGAAUAUAAAAUGGAAAGCUAAUAUAACCUAUUGGUCUUUCAAUUGUGACCUAAAAAACAGAAUAACCUUUCAAGUUUCAACUACACACCAGCAGUGGCGUUAUUGUAGAACUUGCGUAACCAAACGGUCCAUACCAAUUGAGAAUACAACAUUAUGAUGAUCUUUAGAAACACGAAGUCAUUUCCACAAGGCAGAAAAGCCCACUAUCAAGUGGCAUCAAAAUCCUUUCAUCCAAGUGCUAUUAUCCUUCAAAUGGAUUGUAGUUCCUUCAAACAAGAAAAAAUAUGAGAUCUCAUACAACAAAAACAUUUAAACAAUAAUAUCAAGCAUUUGUUUGUUAAAUAAAAAAAUAAUUUGAUAACAUUUCU